GAACUUUGCUCCAUAAGAAUUGCAUCAGAGGUUGAAGAGAGCAACGCAAAUAAAGCAUGUCAUCAGGACACGAGAAGUGAAGAAUUCCGCCAUAGCUCCUCUUUUAAUAAACUUCUCCUCGCUGAGGCACUUGAGCAACUUGAGUGGAAGCCAGACUUGUAUAAACGCAGCUGAUGUCUGAGGGCUGAGAGGGGGAAAGAGGCGCCCAACCCAUUUCUUUUGUGCUGAAGCGCCUGUGAUUUCAUUGAGCUUUUCCCGGGCUGCUACUAUAAUGGGCUCCCUCGCUUUCAGUCGCUCUUGUAUCCGCGACUUGUUUUCGGCUGGUUAAACUAGAGCAAUCUUCUUAGUUGGCAGUAGUUUUGAAGCUUGGGGUGCUGGAGAAGAAAUUCCUCGCCGAGCAUCCGGACGGGUCCCAAUGAAAAUGCACGGGAGAAACAGGUACAACCUGGUGGACGAUGUGGCGGAUUCGCGGGUCCCGCUUCACAACGAGGAAGCGUAUCAACACGGAAUACACUUCCAAGCCAAGUAUGUUGGCAGUCUAGAUGUCCCAAGACCCAACAGUCGCAUGGAGAUUGUCGCUGCUAUGAGAAGAAUCAGGUAUGAGUUCAAGGCAAAGAGUGUGAAGAAGAAGAAAGUGGCUAUCGUGGUCUCAGUUGACGGGGUCAAAGUGGUGCUUCGCAAGAAACCCAAGAGGAAAGAGUGGACGUGGGACGAGAGCAAGAUGCUGGUUAUGCAAGACCCCAUAUACAGGAUCUUCUAUGUAUCGCAUGAUUCUCAGGAUCUGAAGAUUUUCAGCUACAUUGCUCGUGAUGGAUCCAGCAACUCUUUCAGAUGCAACGUGUUCAAGUCCAAAAAGAAGAGUCAGGCCAUGCGAAUUGUGCGGACGGUCGGUCAGGCGUUUGAGGUUUGCCAUAAGCUGAGUCUGCAGCACGCUGAGCUGAAUGCAGAUGAGCAGCCAGACGGUCCUGCAGACGGCCAGAGCGAUCAGUCUGGAGAAGAGCCCAGUCCUGAAGGUCGUCAGCUGACAGGGAUGGAGCACAGAACAGAUGAUGUCACUGGAACUGAGUCUCAUCCCACAAAGCUCAGUGAGCAGGCGAUGGAUGACAUUCUUCAAAGCCUGUCCGAGCUCAACAUGGUGAAGCCUGGACAAACCAUACAGUCUUUACAGGAGGUGGAGGGCGUCUCCCUCUACACUUUAUCUCCCAGCAGCCCCUGCUCUCCUUCGCUCACACCGCUGGCCACCAAACACCACCUACAGCUUCUCCAACAACAGCUUCUACAACAGCAGCAGCAAACACAGAUCGCCGUUGCACAGGUGCAGCUCUUGAAGGAUCAGCUGUCUGCAGAGACAGCGGCUCGCAUGGAGGCACAGGCCAGAACACACCAGCUGCUGCUACAGAACCGAGACCUGCUGCAGCACACAGCCCUGCUGGUCAAACACCUCAGCCAACUGGAGAUCAGAGCUGCUGGAGACACGCAGAAAGAUUCACCAUGGAGUAAUUUGCCCACUCGUUCUCUGUCUCUGAACCUGAAGAAUCUGUACGCUCCUCGCUCAGAACAGCCCAUCACCUCCACUCCAGCAGGACCAGCAGAACCUCCUCCCGUUUCCUCCUCCAAUGCUGAGUCCUACCUCAAUCUGCUGAACCUGCGAGCCGCUCAGACCGUUCCAGAUAGUGGCAGACCCGCCAGUGCCAGAAGUGAAGCAAGACUGGAUUCAACACAAAGGGAAGUAGCUAAGCUGGAAACUCGGAAUUCAACAGCGCUUGAUGAGAGGUAUUCACAAAUCAUCCCUAAACUGGACCCGCCACCUCAGCCCCUGAACCGCAAACGUUCAAACAGGACUCUCUCUCCGGGCGUGGAGGCCGAGUACAGAAAUUCGACUAUAGCCACGGCUGUAAAUGGAAAUAUUCUACCAAAUGUCAGCGCUAGCUCCUCAUUUCCUGAUAUCACCCUGUGCUCAGUUUCACCUGGGGAUUUCUAUUCUCACACCAACGGCACCAGCGUGUCAUGUUCAGCAAGUGAAGAUUCAGGCGUUCGUUCGGAUGACAAAUCCCUCAUAUCCCCCCAAUCCAGAGACGAUGACCAGAGCUCUGCAUUUAUCUCCACAUCCAGCACAUGCAGCAGCUUACCUGAGGAUCAUCCAGCUGCAGAUGGAGGAAGUCCACGGCAAUCGACCACACCUGAGCAAACCAUCCCGUUCUCCUCGCCGGUCAAUGACACCUGCCUUCAUAUAAGCCUAAGUGAAGAUGAGUUUCUGGAGGACGCCAGCUAUAAUGUCAACACCCCAUGCAGGAGUUGAAAUCCUACUCAUAACAGAAGAGAAGUUGCAACAACAAUGAUACCCGUGUUAGUUCUCAUAGGUAGUCUUUCACGUGUUGUUUUGAUCCAUCACAGCCACUAGGGUGGCUGUUUUUAUCUACAGUGCCCUCAAAUGAAUUUAUCUCUAAGAAGUUAUGAUGAAGAAGAUUUGGAUACAGAGUAGACUACUAUUGACAGAUGGAUAUAGUGUAUUUUUUUAGAUGAAUAGUUAUAGCAGUGAAUGAAGUGCAUUGGCUACUGCUACGUUGAUAGGAACUGCUUGUGUUAGUGUUGCCAUUUUUUUGUUUGUUUCUUUUACUUUACUAAGUUCAGAUCCAAAUUUUGUACUAGCGCAAAUUGAUUUCUAUAUUAUUUGAAUUGUUUAUGGAUGCUAAAGAGCAGUUAUGUAGCAGGGACAGUAUUUUAGAAUGGUGAAAAGUAUGUACAGAAGCUGUAGAAACAUAAAAAACGGGGUUAACUUUU